AAAUGUCUUAAUAUUGUUAUUGAUAAUGGUUUUGUUUAUAGAGUAAUUACUAUAGUAUCUGAUAGUUCUUCAGUAAUGAUAUUGAUAUCACUACUAAUCAAAAAUAAUAUCUAUAAUGACAGAUUCUAUUGAUUAUCAAUUAAUUAAAUCUUUGGGUGAUAGUCAUUGUCAUUUAGAUGUUAGUUGUACUGAAGAUGAUAUUAAUAAGUUAACUACAUUAUUUAACUCUUCAGAUUUCCCUUUAAAUAAUCGUGCCUCUUAUUUCCAUAUUAUGAGUACUAACCAUAUAGAUAUAUUAUUGUUAGAUAAGUUAUUAGAUCAAUUGAAUCAGGAUUUAGUUGUACCAUAUUUUGGGGUCCAUCCAUGGUAUAGUCAUUUAUUCUCAAUUAUAAAUCGAGAUUCAACUACUGAUUUAAAGCAAUUUAAGUUAAACCAUUACCAAUCAGUAUUAACGCCUUCACCUUCACCUGAAAUAUUGGACAUACUACCUGAUCCAAUUGAUCUAAAUAAUCAUCUAAAACUAAUAGAAAAUUUAAUUCAAAAGCAUAAACUUAAAUUUAAUUACGGCAUUGGAGAAAUCGGUCUAGAUAAAUUAUUUAGAAUCCCUACAAACGGUUAUUAUGGUAAUCAACUUCAUCCAAAUGAUGGUGAUAAUAAAUUAUCACCUCAUAAAGUUAAUAUUUCUCAUCAAAAUAUAGUAUUUGAAAAGCAAUUGGAAUUGGCUAAUAAGCUCAAGAAACAAGUUUCAAUUCAUUGUGUUAAAGCUCAUGGUUCAUUAUUCGAUACUAUUCCUAAAUAUACUCAACUAUCAAGCGUAUUAUUACAUUCAUUUACAGGAUCAAUUGAGCAAGGAAUUAGAUGGAUUAAUUAUUAUAAAAGUCUUGGAGAAGAGAAUACAAAAUUAUAUUUUUCAUUUUCAAAUUGGAUAAAUGGAUCCGAUAAUAAAAGACAAUUAUUAGAAGGAUUACUUUCAGUUUUACAACCUAAUCAAAUUUUAAUAGAGACAGAUAUAUCAAUUGAUCGAUAUUUAAUUGGAUCUGAUACAGACAAUUUAAUUACUACAGAUGAAUAUUUUGAACAUCUAAUAGAUAUAUUUAAAAAGAUAUGUAAUAUUAGACAAUGGAAUAGUCUUCAUGAACAAAGUCAAACGAUUUUUCAAAAUAUAUCAACAUCAAUUAUAUAAGUAUAUAUAAGA